UCAGGCUGGGUGCUGCCUGUUUGAUGUUAUGAAGCUUUAGCUCUUUUUAGCUACUAGCAUUCUGUAAAUACAGUAAUAAACCAACAAGUCCUAGGGAAGGUUUCAGCUAAUCGUCAUGACCCAUGGUGUCUAAAAAUCUCCCGCUCCCUUACGUUAAGGGAGCCUGUUUGUAAAUAGGGCAGGUCCCCUGCAUAAGGACACUGUUUUUCUUCACACCCAAUGAACAAACACCUCCACCCACUGUUGUUGUUUUAAAAGACUCCAGCUGCUCAUGAAUAUAGGGUCAGGGAGGGCCGCCUAAAUGUUUCUCUGUGCUUUCUCCCCAGCGCAGCCAGCAGAGCUGUUUCCUGUUCUUUGUUUCAAGGCUGGGGUUUGCGUCACACAUUCCAAGUGGCAUAUGUGGUGCUCUUUCCUGUUUCAGGCUGUUUUCUGGCAGAUCGGUAGCCUCAUCCGGGCCCCUUGUCACUGCCCCUCAACUCCCAAUCCCCACCCAAUGAGUUAUCAUGGCUCUACACACUCACGAUUGCUUAAGAUGCCUGUGUUAUGUCAUAAUGAGGUUUCCAAGUUAACCUUUAACGCACGCCCUCGACUCCAGUAUGUUUAUGGGGGUGAACUGGAGAGCUUCUCUCCCUUUGAUGAAAACUUCUACUCGAGUCUCCAGAAAGUUGUGAGCCAGUUUUCUGCACUCACUUGCUCAUCAGCUGGUCUGGAAUAGCGCCAUUAAAGUCACGGAGUUACACUGGUGUAAGAAGAGUGUAAGAGAGAAGAGAAUCCACACCUGUAGGCUCAUGCUUGCCAAGAGGGUUUUGGCUUCUGCCCUUACCCAAUCUGAAUGGCCCACCGUAAGCACUUUGUAUUUCCAGAUCUCAGAAGGAAUAGUUAUUUUCUCCUUAUACAGACUAGAAGAUUCACUGUCUUCCAGAUGUAAUACAGAAAAUGAGGCACUGCUGGCUAACUUUUCUUUGGAAUGGAUAGAAAUCCAGAUAACGAGAAGUAUUUGGCCACAGAGUUUUGGCCUGGACAUCAGAGUCAUCAGAACAAGCAAAUAAAAAAGAUGCUAAUGUUUGACCCGGUCCCAAUCAAGCAAGAAGCCAUGGAUCCUGUUUCAGUGUCAUACCCGUCCAAUUACAUGGACCAAAUGAAGCCAAACAAAUACAGUGUCAUUUAUUCUACACCGAGUAUGUUGCACAACAAAUUCUACCCAAACCCUGAAGGACUAUCAAACGGAAUCCAGCUGGAGCCAGUAGACCUUACGGUGAACAAACGGAGCUCACCACCUUCAACUGGAAGUUCUCCUUCCCCCCUAAAAUUUCAGACUGUGCAUAGGAGAACUUCACCUGGAUUGACUCUGUCCUCACCCAGCUCGCCUCUCAGUAAAUUCACACCAUCGCCCCCAGGAGUACAGCCUAUCUCCAUGCCAAUAACAAUCCCACCUGUAAUGGCCGCUGCUCUUUCACGCCAUGGACUGAGAAGCCCUGGAAUACUCCCAGUUAUACAGCCUGUUGUGGUCCAGCCGGUUCCUUUUAUGUAUGCUCCCCAUCUUCAGCAGCCCAUCAUGGUGUCCACGGUUCUUGCAGAUGAGAUGGAAACUCCAAGUAGCAUGCAAGUGCCUGUCAUUGAGUCUUAUGAGAAGCCUACACUGAAGAAAGCUAUCAAAGUAGAGCCAGGAAGCGAACCAUCGAAGACUGACUUCUAUCCUGAACAAAUGUCACCUCCAGUGAUGACCUCAUUGUCUCCCCAGCAAGUAAUGUUGCAAGAGAAUCACCCUUCAGUUAUAGUUCAGCCAGGAAAGAGACCUUUACCUGUGGAAUCUCCGGACACGCAAAGAAAACGCAGAAUACAUCGAUGUGAUUAUGAAGGCUGCAACAAAGUCUACACUAAAAGCUCCCAUCUGAAAGCUCACAGGAGAACCCAUACAGGUGAAAAACCGUACAAAUGCACUUGGGAGGGAUGCACGUGGAAGUUUGCUCGUUCUGAUGAACUAACGCGGCAUUUCCGCAAGCAUACAGGAAUCAAACCUUUUCAGUGCCCAGACUGUGACCGUAGCUUUUCACGUUCGGACCAUCUUGCUCUUCACAGAAAACGCCACAUGCUAGUCUGAAUGUCUUCUGUCCCUGACUCCUGUCACACUUCUUUUUUUUUCACGCAUUUUAAUUUGGAUUCAGCUGGUCUGAAUCUCUGAGUUUAUACCAUUAAAAGCUUACAUAUGGUCAGUAACAGAUGUUAUCUAACCCUUCUAUGUCCUUGCCACGGGUCAGACCUAAAGAAUGUGAACACUUUUUUUUUUUCUCCUCCUGGGGAUGCUAAGCAAACCCUUUCUGCAGACAGUAUGUUUAAUGUAUUCCAUUGUGAAUAAGGGAAUUUGUAAACUAACAGCUUUUGUUGGUUUCUUCAUAUAAUCAACCCAGCAUAUACUGAUAAAGUAGUAAACAUUAUUGAAUAUCUGAAAUGCUAGUCCUUGCCAGAGACUUAUUUAUGUGCCCUGUAAGGGAUACACUCUCAUUUUAUGCUCAACAAUGCAAUGAACGGACUCCCAACCAUGUUGAUUUCUGCAAUAUGGUUAAUACAGCAGUCUUAGAAAGGCACCUGAUUCAGAAAUCCCCUCUGCCCCAACAGUGAAUAACACUGUAGAAAUAAAUCUAAGCAAUAUAAUUACUUCACAGAAAGAUUGAGUCGUAGUGUCAUUUACCCCAGACCAGAAGAAAAAUUGGCAGGAAUUGGUCUAUACAUAAUAAUGUGCAUCCAAACCAAUGUCGUCUAUCCUCUGUAUUACAGUGUAGUAUAUAUAUCCUUGGGUUUAUUGCAUAAUGCCCUGGUAGAUUUGUUAAAUGAAGACCUUGUGUGACUCUGUA